CACACUGGCGGGAAAACGCGGCAUGAGAUGUGCAUAGAAGUCAGAGAGAGGGUUGAAACUAGAGCUGUAAAAAAUUUCGGGUGGAUUUGGAAAUUAACCCAAGGAUUUCGAAAAUCUGCACUGCUUGAUGGAAUUUAUUUUGAUACCCUGGUCAACGACAGUUGAUUUCUUGUAGACUACUCAAGGACUUUUAUGAUUACAAUCAACGGGGGAUUACAAAGGGCGACUUCUCGGAAUACGCAGCAUCUAUUGUAGCCUUCGCACAGCUGAUUUUUGUUGCGGAUGUGCUUUUCCCCCUACAAGAGUUGCUCUGUGUUAUGGUGCAUUGUAGCCCUAAUGACACGACGGUGAGAAGUUGCAGAUAAGAACGGGAGUUGCUCUUCCACUCCUGAGAUGACCGGAGCCAAUGCUAUAGCGCCGUGUCGUGAGAAUUGGGAGAUGGAGUGUGACCGCUAUCAACAUUAUUUUUACGACAACCUAGACACAGAAGAGGAUUUCUUUAAAUCCACGGGGCCAAGCGAGGAUAUAUGGAAAAAAUUCGAACUCUUGCCUACCCCGCCCAUGUCUCCCACACGGACACUCGAUGCCACUGCCGUGCUGCCGUCACCCGAUAAGCUGGGAUGGGCUUCCAAGCUUUUGGCACAAGAUGAAGACUUUGAGGAAUGCUAUAAAAUCGACUCGAAAGACAUUUUUGGAAACCUAAGUUCUAUCAUCAUUCAGGACUGCAUGUGGAGUGGUUUUUCGGCGAGUCAUCGGUUGGAGAAGGUGGUCGGUGAGCGUUCGCUGAUCAGACCGCUGCCCAGCACGCAAACAAAUUCGAACACUGCAAAGGCUACGAACACUGUAGCUGACACGACGGUCAUCUGUGCCCCUGUGAGAGACUGCGUGAACCCGACUGCUGUCCUCAACAUCCCCUGCAAUAACCUUAAGAGGCUGGCGUCCUCGGGGUCAGAGUCUCGUGCUGACUCGUCCGAUGAUGACGAUGGUGAAGAUGACGAUGAGAUUGACGUGGUAACCGUGGAAAGCCGACCGAACAGAACCCUGGUCCCCGUGACCAUCACCGUAACGGGGGAUCCUCACGGCCCCGGCACCAAACGCUUCCACGUGUCCGUGCACCGCCAGCAACACAAUUAUGCCGCGCCAUCGCCUGACAGUGACCACGACGACGCGGACCUCGACGACGCAGACCAUGACGACAUAGAUGACGCAGACCAUGACGACGCAGACCAUGACGACGCAGACAUUGGUGAUGCUGACCUGGACCUGGACCACGACGGCGACCUGGACCUUGAUCUCCCAUCCAGAAAGCGCCCCCACUCGGAGCAGGAUCACCUGUCCUCCUCUUCCUCCUCCUCCUCCUCGCCCAGCAGCCCGCACAGCUCCGAUUCGGAGGAGGUCUCCAUGGGCGAGCGGCGGCGGAACCACAACUUCAUGGAGCGCAAGAGGCGUAAGGACCUGCGCUCGCGCUUCCUAGCGCUCCGCGACGAGAUCCCCAGCCUGGCCGACUCCAGCAAGACGCCCAAGGUGGUGAUCCUCACCCGGGCUGUGGACUACCUGGUGCAGCUGCACUCCCGCGAGCACGCCCAGGCCCAGGAGAGGAGGCGGCUGCGGGCCCGGCAGCAGCAGCUUUUGCGCCGCCUCAGCAGUCUGAAGAAGGGCAAACCCUGAACGAACGCUUAUAGCGGCGGAUAGGCUAACAGCCCCCGACUUGACUAACACACCAGAGCUGCCCUCACCAAACUAGAAAGUGAGAAAGGCACGGGGGGGCCGCCGAGUAUUACAAUGAAGGCAAAAGUGAACAUGGGCUGAUGCGAACUAAUAGGGGUAUUGGGAAGGCGCUAAACGGGUUGUAAUUCAACUUAUCUUGUGUGCCGACUUGAGUGGAUGUUGUUGGUGUGUUUGUUAUGGGAGGUGUACAUAAACGGGACAUUGUAUAGCUUUGGACUUGUGGGCAGAUGUCCUUUUUGCGGUGAACCAUAGGUUUAGGCCUUGUCUGUGAAGUGGAGUAUUGACUCCAUUGACAAGUUGCAUUUUCAGUGGGACGGGGGUGUGUUUGUACAAAUGUUAAAAAAAUCACUCUGAAACUUGCACAUUUUGUUAUGGAUUUCAUCUGUACAAAUUUCACUGUAAAUACAGAGUCUAUUUGAGGACUACCUCUUGACUGUAUAGAACUACACGACUACUUUAAAAGGAUAUAUUUUUUGCUAAAAAAAAUACACCAAUCAAAAUGGGUGUUAAGAAUAAAAUCCACUACCAUGA